AUGCUACAGCUCGCUCGGCAACCAACGCCCACGGAGCAUAGGCGCCACCACUCGCAAGAUCAACCAGAUAAGGGACUCAUGCCGCAGGCAUCAAUUUACAAGCUAGGGUCCCCGAGAAAGCUCUCAGGGGAAGGCAACACCUGGGACAUACUCUGGGCGCUGCAAAUAAACGGGGCCGUUCAUCAGGUGUCGAUGCAGAGGAGGCUCUCCCAAAAGAUUAUCGUGAAGCACGACGGGAAGACCUUGCUGGACAAGGUCUUCGUGUUGACGAAACCUUACGAGGGCUACUGCCUCGUGGCCUGGGUCAACCAGGGGAUCAGUUUCGGGAUAUUCUGCACAACGGAAUUGAGGUGCAUCCAGACAAACGCCGAUCACUACGACCUCCGUGUCAAUGGGGUCAAGUUCACGGCCUUGCCAGACGGCUGCCGGUUGAGGCAGAUACAACAAGAUGCUGCUCUCCGGCGGUCUGCCUCCGUUCCCAACAUGUCCGGCGCCCGCGCCGGUGACGCCUUCGGCGACGGCGGCAACGGCCACAGGGGCAGCAACAACGGUGGGGCCGGCCGUGACAGCAGGGGCUCCGCGGCGGAGGCAGGGGGGAAGGCUUCGGCGACAACGACGGUUCCACCCAAGGCCCACGCCAUCUCCCGUAUGACAACCUGAACGAGGCCCGUCGUGGGCGUCGCAGCGGACCCCCCACGGAUCGAUGCAACGUCUCCAGUGGCGUGUGGUUGCGGAACAUGCCUCAGAACGGUCUCGAUGAAGGGCUUUCUGUUGGGUACAGGUACACACACGAUCGCUCGGCCACAAAACGUCGGGUUUGUAGAGAUAAAGCGUUUUCUGCUGCGUACGAAAAUUUGCAUCAAAUCUUCCUGCUGAGCCUUCAAUGUUAACGAGAUGUUGCGUGGAAGGGAAAACACCCAUCUUAGGAGGGACGAGUGACGACAACACGUAUAUGGGAAAAUCGAUUUGUAUGGUUGGCGGUUCUCCUUCGAUGUUCACAUGCUGCCUCCUAACGUUCGGCGUGUGUUCUGAGGUCACAUGCUGCCUCUUUACGUACGGCGUGUGUUGAGGUCACGUGCCACCCGUGUUUUGAGGUCACAUACUGCCUCUUGACGUACAGUGUGUUCUUGCGGUCUGCAGUGCCGGCGGUACAUCCGUGUCGUGGGAGUAUUUCAAUUUCAGAGGGCCUCUCACCGGCGAAGAGUUUCAUGGUCAACUCGCUGUGGGCUGUUCUGUCCCAAAACGGUCGCUUAUGUAGAUACGCUGUCGUCGAAAGCCUCCCUCCAACGGUUUCAGUAGCAAGAUGGCAGGGGGGCGGCCGUAGGCGUAUUAACAGGGUUUGAGGCGUCUGUUGCUGUGCUAGAGAGGGCGGGUAGCGAAAUCACUACGCCGAGGGCACCGGUAUGCGCGUCAACCACAAAAAUAUGAGUGCUGUUCAUUCCAGUGAGGUGUAACUAUCCUAUCCUCUCGUCAAAACGGCUUCGGAAAGUACAAGCCAUCACGAAUCACGCACACUUGUACGGCGGGUUAGUUACGACAGAUGCGAGCUGGUAACUACGUGUUUCAUAUUGUUCCGGUUAUAUUUCGAAAAUAUGCGUGUUUUGAGCAGGUGGUGUUGUGUGUUGCAUGUAUGAUGCGAGUCGGCGGCAUCCCUUUUGGUAGUGGUUGAAGCUUCACAUCGACGUAAGACACAGGGAAUAAUAAUUUCAUUGUUCCUGCGCACGGUGGCGCUGAAUCUCCGAUUCAUGUUGUUUGGUGAUUGACUUUGGUUGGUACGACACAUGAACGCACCACAUUGCUGGGUGGGGAUUGCGACGUUAUUAGAUGCAAAUCGGCAAAGUACUUGUAGCGUAUCGUACAUGUUUUCACGAGGCAUUUUGGCCCGGGCCAAAAUUCGUCCCAUGAUCCGGCAAUCGCGUCGUCACAUGAUGGCGUUCAAUCAAUUUUAACGUCAUUUUUUUCUCGUCUC